AUGGCAGCAAGGCCACAAGGGCAGAAUUCAACGUGGGAGAGAACUGGGCAGGACAGUCCAGUCCAGUCCAGUCCAGGACACAACGGACGGAUCAACACAAAAGUCGCAAAUCUGGACUUUGAGGCUCGCGUCCCCGUUCCCUUCAGCAUCUUCCCAUCGACAUAUCGGGAAGCCGAGUCCCAUACUCAGACCGUUACCGAAACCAAAACCCACGAAGAGGUUGAGAUCAAGCCCCAGCCCGAAGCCGGACGGGAAGGUCAAUACUCUUCUGUCUCUGUCACCACCGAACAGGUCCCUCCUCACGGCGAGCAACGCUUGACCGAAGAAGAGGUCCGUAUCACGCGUGAAGAAGAACAUUACCACCGUCCCGGUGUCCAGGAAUUCAAGCACGAAGAAGAGCACUUCACCAUCCGAGAAGAAGCUCAACGACAUCCAUCAGCUAACCCAGUCAAAUCUAGACCUCAACCUCCUUCUCAAUACCAACCCUCUCAGUUCAAACCUUCCCCAUACCAACCUCCUCAGCACCAGCACCAGCCUCCUGCUACUCAAUACCAAACUUCCCACACACACGUAGAGAUCGAUACCCACCGUCAUCCCUACUACUCCACCCCCGUCGACCUCGCUGAACGUGAAUACCGCCAGCGUUACCGCCCUGCCCAAGCCUUUUCCACCGAAGACCCUUCUUCCCACUCUCACCCUCACUCUCACCACCACCACCACAACUCUCAAGACAACUUCCAAGCCAACAACUACACCGUUGAAGGCCGACCCGCUCCCCAAUUCCAUUCGGAGAAGACAGAAAUCAACAACUUCACUGUUGACGGACGCUCCUCUCAGCCUCAGUACAACCACACCGAGAAGACUCAGUUCAACGACUUCACUGUCGACGGCCAAUCUUCCCGACCUCAGUACCAAUCCAAGGAGACAGAAAUCAACAACUUCACCGUUGACGGACGCUCUUCUCGCCCUCAGUACAACAUCUCUGAGAAGACUGAAAUCAACAAUUUCACUGUUGACGGCCGUUCUUCCCAGCCUCAGUACCGAGACACCAAGACAACCCAGGUCAACAAGUUCACCGUUGACACUCCCGUUUCUCGUCCAUCUAACAAGAAGGACGUGAGAUUCACUGAAGAAACCGUCGAAACUUCCAAGUCCGACAAAAAGUCCAAGAUGGGUUACUACGACGACGACGGUAAGACAGCAUCGCCAUUUCAACAGAGCCACCGCGCUUCUGGUCGCUACAACUCUUUCCGCUCCGGCGCCCACAAGCUCGGUGACCGCAGCGCCGGCCGCCCUGAGAUUGAGGUCAACAUCAACGAUGGCCCUAGUGCUGGCGGCUGCUCCCAGAACACCGUCAGCAUCCCCUGCCACCAUAUCCGCCUUGGUGAUUUCCUGAUGCUCCAGGGCCGCCCCUGCCAGGUUAUCCGCAUCUCCACCUCCUCUGCCACUGGUCAGUACCGCUACCUUGGUGUCGAUCUCUUCACCAAGCAGCUCCACGAGGAGUCUUCUUUCAUCUCCAACCCUGCCCCCAGCGUUGUUGUCCAGUCCAUGCUCGGUCCUGUCUUCAAGCAGUACCGCGUCCUCGACAUGCAGGAGGGUCAGAUCGUUGCCAUGACCGAGACUGGCGACGUCAAGCAGGGUCUCCCUGUCAUUGACCAGUCCAACCUCUACUCUCGCCUCCACAGCGCUUUCGAGUCUGGCCGUGGCUCCGUCCGUGUCCUCGUCCUCAACGACGGUGGCCGUGAGCUCGCCGUUGACAUGAAGGUCAUUCACGGCUCCCGCCUGUAA